GUCGGUCCUCGCAGACGGUGUAUUUCUCCGUAAUGCUGCACAUCCUCCCCGUGAGGAUUCUCUCCCUCUGCAAGUGAGCGAGUCGUUAUCAUGGCGGAGAUCACGUGGCGCAGCAUUGUCUGCCUGCCAGAUCUACUACUACGACGGACUGGCUGAGCCACCACGGCUUCAUCUUCUUCCACCCCCCUCCAAUUAAGUCUGUCCGGUCGGAUUCCCUCUUGAACCGGCUUUUUUUUUCCCGGGCAUUCGUUCCCGUGGGUUAAUUCUCGGGACCCUUUGAUUCCUUUGCAAGCGUUGUCUUGCUUGGGUCGUAACGAAUCGACAUCUACGGAAACCCUAGGUAGCUAGGCCCGGUACAAAAUGGGCUCUGCAUUCAGUUUUGCCAAGACCAUUGUCAUUCCCGCCGUCAUCUCCCUGGCGCUCUAUCUUCUCCUGUCGUUUUUGAUCAUCCCGGUCUUCCGUCGCUAUCAGCAGCGCUAUUCGCAAUAUCUCCCCUUGCACGCGAUUUCGGCGCAUACCUCCACACUCCGGGAUCGCAUCGCCGAUACGAUGAUGCGGUUCUUUCUGCCGGCAUCCUGGCGACAGCAGGCCCACUUCGAGGACCACAACGACAACAUCAGCAUACUCGACGAGGAGGGGGAGCUUAUGAUCGGCAUGGGUAUGGACCCCGCGAGAAGGGAGGCGCUGGAACGGCGGCGGAGUACGGCUGCCGAGCCUGAGAGCCGGCUCACGACGAGGACGAGACUCCAGGCAACCGCCGCUGAAAUGGCGUGUGUCACUGACUCACUUACCCACCCUGUGUAUAUAUAAUAUGUGUCUUUAGUUCGGUGUUUGGGUUGCAAACAAUAGACAGGCGACGCCUUCGAAUCUGCUCUCUUUAAUGCACAUCUGUACUCUGCGGGAUUUAUCAUUAAGUUCUUUUCUUGGCGGGUCCAGAGAUCCUGUACCUAUUUGCUACGAAAUAGGUAGGCA